AUGGACGCCUCACGCGCCAUCAACGCGCUCGCACCGUUUGUCGCGCUUGCCAAAUCAGCAACAGCACCAAGAGCCGCCGCCGGCCUCAUCACACAGGCAACUUCAGCACAGAACACAUAUGUUUUCGCCGAACUAUUACAACAGCCGAACAUCAAAGCCCUUGCAGGCAAUGAGCAACAUGGCAGCUCAUACGAGCUCCUCAAGUGCUUCGCAUGGGGUACUUGGGAGACAUACAAAGCAACACCAGGACUUCCCGAGCUGUCAGAUGCCCAAGCCCUCAAACUCCGCCAACUGUCCAUACUCACCAUCGCAUCGCAACAGUCUUCAGCCACCUCAAGGACCUCCAACCUAAGCUACCAGUCCCUCUGCACCCGACUCGACCUCACCUCCUCCGUCGACCUCGAGCACCUCAUCACCCAAGCAAUGUACAGCGACCUCAUCACCGGAACUCUCAAUCCGGCCUCUCAGACCGUCGUUAUCACCUCCGUAGCACCCCUCCGCGACCUCGCUCCAGGCAGCGUCCAGUCCAUGAUCUCCGAGCUGGCAGCAUGGUCUGGACGCUGCGACUGGGUGCUCGCCGAGCUUGAAGCAGAGAUCAAGAAGGUCAAAGCAGACGCCGAGAGACGUGCGAAGCGGGAGUCAAGAACCGAGAAACAGAUCAAGGCCGUGACGGAUGCGGGUGAGCAGGGCUCGACAAUGUCUCUGGGUGGUUCUGGGGCAAGCAGGAGUGGUCACAAUACUCGAGGUGCGAAGAAGGAUGAUGACGAGGAAGACGGCGACAUGAUGGACUUGGAUGAUGGCAAGGUCACUGGCGCCGUGAAGAAGGGCGGUAAGAAUAUCCUGCAGCGUCUCACAAGAGGGAGCAGUGGGAAGAGCUGA